AUGGCUCCUUUCAUUGGUAACCCGCCAGAGUCGCCCAAGGCUCUCCCGGAUAUCUCCAUCUCCAUCGACCGGGGCGGCACCUUCUGUGAUGUGAUCGCGAAGAUCGAGGGCCGCGACGACCUCGUCUUCAAGCUUCUGUCUGAGGACCCAAACAACUACUCAGAUGCUCCCACAGAGGCGAUCAGGAGAGUGCUGGAGAUUGCCGAGGAACGCUCUAUUCCUGUAGGAGAAAAGCUCGAUGGCUCCCGCAUAGGCGAGAAGUUCGCCUUUGUGGCCACCAAGGGGUUCAAGGAUGUCUGCGUUAUCGGCGACCAGACCCGCCCCAAGCUCUUCGCCCUGGACGUCAAGAAGGCCGAGGCGCUGCACGACAAGGUCAUCGAGGUCGACGAGCGCAUCACCGUCGAAGACUACGACCUCAACCCCUAUCCCAUGGACAAGACCGCCGAGCUGACCGAUCCCGCCCUCGUCCGCACCAAGAGCGGUGAGAUCGUGCGCGUCCUGAAGAAGCCCGACGAGGGCGAGGUCCGCGCCCAGCUGCAGGCCCUCCGCGACGAGGGCUACACCUCCGUCGCCAUCGCCUUCAUCCACUCAUACCUCUACCCGGACCACGAGGAGGCCGUCGCCGCCGUCGCCCGCGACGUCGGCUUCCGCUACGUGACCACGUCGCACGAGACCAGCCCCGUCAUCAAGUACCUGCGCCGCAGCCAGUCCGUCUGCUCCGAGGCCUACCUGUACCCCGUCAUCCGGCGGUACGUCGAGAACUUCGAGUCCGGCUUCGCGCAGCUGCCGCGCCGCGUCGAGUUCAUGUGCUCCGACGGCGGCCUGAAGCAGGCGCACAAGUUCCGGGGCAACGAGGCCCUGCUUAGCGGUCCCGCCGGCGGCGUGGUGGGCAUCGCCAAGGCCUGCUACGACGAGGAGGAGGGUACCGCCCUCAUCGGCUUCGACAUGGGCGGCACCAGCACCGACGUCUCCCGCUUCGACGGCAAGUACGACUACCUCACCGAGUCCCGCAUCGCCGACCGCUCCAUUACCGUCCCCAUGCUCAACAUCCAGACCGUUGCUGCCGGCGGUGGCUCCAUCCUCUUCGCCCGCAACGGCCUGCUUGUCGUCGGCCCGGAGAGUGCAGGUGCCUACCCUGGCCCCGCUAGUUACAGGAACGGCGGGCCCCUGACCGUUACCGACGCCAACCUCUUCCUUGGCCGUCUUGACCUUUCUUCCUUCCCUGCCAUCUUUGGCAAGAACGCCGACGAGCCUCUCGAUGUAGAGAUCGUCAAGGUCAAGUUCAAGGAGAUCACCGAAGAGUUCAACUCGCAGACUUCCCAAAACCUCACCCCCGAGGAGGUUGCACUAGGGUUCCUCAACGUUGCCAACGAGGCUAUGAGCCGACCUAUCAGGAACGCAACUGAAGCCCGUGGCUAUGCUCCCGAGAAGCACAACCUUGUCAGCUUUGGCGGUGCUGGAGGGCAGCACGCUUGCUCUAUUGCUGAUAAGCUUGGCAUCAACCGCAUCGUCAUUCACAAGUGGUCCUCGUUGCUGUCCGCCUAUGGUAUCUCUCAAUCACAACUGCAGUACGACACUUCGGAGCCUUAUGCCGGCAACUGGUCCCUUGAGGAGCUUCCGCGUCUCCGUGAGCGCCUCGAGGUACUACGCAAGGCGGUCCGUGACGAGCUCGUCUCCCAAGGCGCCAACGAAAAGUCUCUUAAAUUCGACGAGUCCCUCAGCCUGCGGUAUUUCGGUACCGAUACUAACCUCUCCAUAUCGCGACCUGCCGAUGAGGAUUACGGUGAGGCCUUUGUUGCCGAGCACCUGCGCGAGUUUGCCUUUGUCCUCGGCCGAAACAUCGUCAUCGACUCUAUCCAGGUCCGCGGUACCGGCAGCGCGGGUGUGACCGUUAAGGAGGAGGCUCCCACCAAGGAGCUGCUCAGUGUCAAGGCUACCGGGACCCCUGCCACCACUACCGAACAACAAAAGGUAUACGUUGACGGCGCUUGGCAAGACGCCCGCAUCUUUCGCCUUGCCGACGUGCCCAAGGGCACCGUUCUCGAUGGCCCAGCCCUCAUCCUCGAUGCUACACAGACUAUCGUCGUCGAGCCCCGUUUCCGCGCCUACAUCCUGUCCAACCAUGUUGUGAUUGAAAAGGUCGAUCACUCUGCUGUAGCCAAGGCCGCCGCCAGCGACUCCUUCAGCCACAUCCAGCUUUCCGUCUUUGCGCAUCGCUUCAUGUCCAUCGCCGAGCAGAUGGGCAACACCCUGCAGAGGACGUCCAUCUCUACUAGUAUCAGGGAACGGCUCGACUUCUCCUGCGCCAUCUUCUCCCCCGACGGCCAGCUUGUCGCCAACGCGCCGCAUAUCCCCAUUCACUUGGGCAGUAUGCAGAUGGCCAUCCAGUCGCAACAUAACUACUGGCUGGGCAAGCUUGCACCCGGUGACGUUGUCAUGACCAACCAUCCCGAGUGGGGAGGCACCCAUCUUCCCGACAUUACCGUCGUCACCCCCUUCUUCGUUGAUGGCGAGAUUGCUUUCUACACGGCUAGCCGUGGUCAUCAUACCGAUAUUGGUGGCAAGGGUAUUACCUCUAUGAUGCCCGACUCCAAGGAGCUGUGGGAGGAAGGCAUCAACAUCAAGACCAUGAAGAUCGUCAGCGGCGGCGAGUUCCUCGAGGAGGAGGUCCGCGCUGCUUUCGACAAGGCCGGGACCUUCCCUGGCUGCAGCCCGACCCGCCGUAUUCAGGACAACCUCUCCGAUCUCAAGGCUCAGAUUUCGGCCAAUCAGCGUGGUAACCUGCUGCUGCAGAAGCUAUGCGACGAGUUCACUCUCCCAGUGGUCCACAAGUACAUGAAGGGAAUCCAGGCCAAUGCCGAGCUCACCGUCCGCGAGUUCCUCAAGGGCCUGGCCAAGCAGUAUCCCGACGGCCUGUCCUCGGUCGACUACUUUGACAACGGCACCGCGCUCAAGCUCAAGGUCACCAUCGACCCGGAGACCGGAUCUGCGGUCUUUGACUUUGCCGGCACGGGCGAGCAGAUCUGGGGCAACAUCAACUGCCCCAUCUCCAUCACGCACUCGGCCGUCAUCUACUCGGUGCGCUGCCUCAUCGACCUCGAGAUCCCGCUCAACCAGGGCUGCCUGACGCCCAUCGAGAUCCGCGUGCCCAAGGGCUCCAUCCUGAACCCGACCUCCGCCGUCGCCAUCUGCGGCUCCACCACGGCCUCGCAGCGCGUCAUCGACGUCAUCCUCCGCGCCUUCAAGCGCGUCGCCGCCUUCCAGGGCUGCGCCAGCCCCUUGGGCUGGGGCAUGGGCGGCCGCAACCCGGCGACGGGCGAGAUCGAGAAGGGCUGGAACUACGGCGAGUCCAUCGGCGGCGGCGCGGGCGCGGGCCCCGGGUGGCACGGCGAGUCGGCCGUGCACGUGCACUCGACCAACACGCGCAUCACCGACGCCGAGGUCAUCGAGAAGCGCACGCAGGUCGUCGUGCGCCAGCACUCGAUCAACCGCGGCACGGGCGGGCGGGGCCGCUGGCGCGGCGGCGACGGCAUCACGCGCGAGGUCGAGGCGCGCAUCCCGCUCAAGUCGAGCAUCCUCAGCGAGCGGCGCGUCUACGCGCCCUACGGCAUGGAGGGCGGCGAGCCCGGCGCCACGGGCAAGAACUACCUCUUCCGGCUCAACGGCGAGGGCGGCUACGACCGCAUCAACCUCUGCGGCCAGGCCGUCGUCAACCUCCGGCCCGGCGAGCGGAUCCAGAUCAACACGCCCGGCGGCGGUGGCUGGGGGAAGCCCGAGUAA